AGUGUAAGGAGGCAGGGGAGGAAGGAGGGAGGCGCUAGGACCCAGGACUGGCCAAGGCACUGAGUUGAUGGGUGAGCCCAUUGCAGUCCAGUACUUAGAGCAGGUUUGACCAUGGCUGUGGACAUUGAUGACCCCAAGAGUGGUUUCCGGCACUGCGAAGUGGUUCUGUUCAUCAAUGAAGAGGUGACACGGAACGGUGGUGGCGCUGGAUUCUACCUGACCUUCCAUUCACGGCCCUGGAAGGAUAUAGAAGAUGGCCUGAAGUCUGUAGUGGUUGAUAGCCAAGUACCGCGUUCCAUCAAGAGGGCCUGUGCCUGGAGUGCUCUGGCCCUGGGAGUCAGGGUGGCUGUCAGGCAAGGAGAAAAGCAGUUACGACGUGUUCAGCAGCUGCAGGACCAGGUAGAAGAGCAUGAAGCAGCCACCUGGACUUUGGCCACAGACCUGCAACGGCUGCGUGAGGAACGUGAUGAAGUGGUCUCUGAGCUUCGCAGUGCCAAAGACAACCUGAAGCAAGUGAGGUCUGAGCGGGAUAUGUUGCAAAGGAAGAUAGUUGAGUUCGAGCUGUCACAGCAACUCCUUGCCAAGUCACAAGAUGCUGAUUAUCCAGGCACUCCACCAAGGUCUCUAAUUGUCAAAAAUAAAAAAAAAGAGAGGCUCUUGACACAGACAAGAGUGGGCAGUGUGCAGAGUCCCUGAAGAAAGACCAGAUGGCAUCCCUAACAGUUCUAGAUACUCUGCGUGGGGCUGAAGAAUUCCCAGCUUCCAGUGUGUGAAUCUUCAUGAAAUGACUUUCAAAACCAAUCUCUGCCUCAGUAAAAUCUCAGCUAGUUGCUGCAACAACAAAAAAAU